AUGUCUGACACUCAAACAAUCGAUCCACGUUUACCCACUCCACCACCGGAGACUCCACCACCACCGGGGAGACAUUCAGCCGCUCCAAUCUACAUGCAUCCUGAGAGAAAAACGACUAUUGGAUCGAGAAAUGCUUUCAGAGGUGCUGUUCCCUCAGAGUUCACAAAUCCUUGUGCAGCCGGUCGAGCGUUGACCAAUCAAUUCAAUGUUCCACUAACUUGCAAUCAUUUGAAUCCACCAAAUGGAGGAUGUCCAGAGGAUUUCUGGUGUCACGUGGGUGCGACUUUUGCCACCACCGCUUGUUGCCCGUUGGUUACUAGAGAAGAUCGUUGUCUGUUGGAGCGUUCCGUUGGUGCUGGUGAUGACUUGAUCGCUCGUUGGUAUUAUGAUCCAGCGUUGAGAGAGUGCAAAAGGUUUCUUUACAAGGGAAUGCGCGGCAAUGCAAACAAUUUUGUCACGAAAACCCAAUGUUUGGACGUCUGCGCAUCGAAGUCAAUCCCAGAGCCAGUAAACCCAUGUAAAUUCGGAGUGCCCGCCAUUGAUGCGUCCGGUUCAAAGCUCGAAUGUGGCCCAAAGAAUAUCACCUGUCCAAAGGGACAUUUCUGUCAUAUCGGCGAUAAUCCGGUCAACACGGCUUGUUGUGAGGGAUCUGGACUUUCCGAUCCUUGCCUUUUAUCGAUCAAUGUUGGAACGGGAAGUGGUGGUGUGAAGAGAUUCUAUUACAAUACGUUGACCAAGAAAUGCACUGAGUUCCUCUUCAAAGGAAUGAAAGGAAAUGAGAAUAAUUUCUUGUCGAUGGAACAAUGUCAGACAAAGUGUCAAAGACUCCCCACUCCGUGCCCACUUCCAAUGAACCCAUCUUUCCGGCGCGAGUGCUCGACUGAUGGAAACGAGUGUGGACAGGGUGAUUGGUGUCACAUUGGACACAACAAGGAGACAACCGUUUGUUGUGCGGGAGCCGUCCAAGAUCCCUGUGCACAGACUUUGGUCUACGGAGAGGGAACUCAGAAUCUCACCAGAUGGUAUGCCGAUCCAUCAGACAACACGUGUAACCGAAAAUGUCUUCCAUUCAUCUACAACGGAGAGAAGGGAAAUCAGAAUAAUUUUGUCUCAAAAGAAGCCUGUGAGAAACGAUGCAAACCUGAAUGCAAGAACCCUUGUGGAUCCGGAACAAUGCUGAUGUUGGCUGGACGACCGAGACAAUGCUCACCGACAUCUCCAUGCCCACACACACAUUGGUGCCACGUUGGAUCAACACCAGAAUUGACUGUUUGCUGUUCGGCUGUGCCUAACACCUGUGAGCUUCCAUUGUCGCUCGGUUAUGGAAACGCGCAUCUUUCUCGUUUCUACUUUGAUGCUAAACUGAAAAAAUGCGUGGCUUUCAUUUACAAGGGAGAAGGCGGAAAUCAGAAUAUGUUCUUGACAAAGGAUGACUGUCAAUUGAUCUGUCCAGCUUACGAAAACCCGUGUGGGAAUGGAAAACCGCUGUUGAUCGGAUCGGAGCCAAAGAUUUGCAAUCCGAUGGAUCGAUGCCCAUCCACUCAUUUCUGUCAUAUUGGAGCCCCAGGCAGUCCAAACUAUUGCUGUGCUAAAAAUGGAGAUCCAUGUGAACAAGAUGUUGAUGCUGGAAACGGAACCCACACCCUUCAACGCUUUUACUACGAUCGACAAACGAGACGAUGCCGCGAAUUUCAAUACAAGGGCACUCAAGGAAAUGCAAAUAAUUUCUUGAGUAACGAGGAUUGCGAAUUAGUGUGCCCUGUCUUGCCAAACCCGUGCAAAGAUGGUGAACCAUUGUUGUCACCUGAAAGAGAACCAGUGAUUUGUGGAGGAGAGGACACUUGCACAGCCGGUUAUUUCUGUCAUGUGGGCAGCUCACCCGAAACUACGAAUUGUUGCCCUGGAACUCGCAAACCGUGCGAUUUGCAGCUGGAGGUCGGUGAGGGAGCUGAGCGUUUGGAUCGAUGGUUUUUCGAUGGAUCCGUGCAAAUGUGUCGACAAUUUAUCUAUAAAGGAAUGAAAGGAAAUGCGAACAAUUUCCUCACAAAAACCGCAUGUCGACAAGCGUGCAAAGAAGUUAAUCCCUGUGGUCUUGGCGGUGAGCCAUUUGUGGACAAAAACGGCGAUCGACUUUCAUGUCUUCCAACAUUGGCUAACGACACCUGUCCCACCAAUUUCUACUGCCACGUCGGAGGAAACGCUCUCACCACCGUUUGUUGUCCACGAUCGACCAUCGAUCUAUGCGAGCAACCAAAACAAGAAGGAGUCGGUCGGCAACAGAUCCCUCGAUGGUAUUACGAUUUGAAACAGAAUAGAUGUGCUCCUUUCUCAUACACGGGUUUACAAGGCAAUCAGAACAACUUCGUGAGUGAACGAGCGUGCAGAACCGCUUGUCCAGAAUAUCGAAGUUUCUGCCCACACGGUUUGCCACUCGUCGAACGAGGCGCCGUCUACAGUUGUGGGAUCGAUAAAGGAUGUCCGGCUGGGUUCAUUUGUCACAUGAGCAGUGAGCACAAUGUCUCGAUUUGUUGUGAGGAUCCAAUGGACUUUUGUCUUACAUCAAGAGAUCCUGGUCCAUGCAACGGAAAAGAGAAACGUUUUGGCUAUCAUCCUGAAUCGGACACUUGCGUCGAAUACGAGUACGGUGGCUGUUUGGGAACACUGAACAACUUCAAAUCGCUUCAACGAUGCACGGAGAUUUGUUGUAAAGAAUACAAAAGAAAGCACAGAGAUCAAUCCAUUUACAAGUUUGCU